UUGUCUCAUUUCUUGUGUAUAAAUUUGAUCUUUUUGUCUUAAAGAUGGUGGGUUUGUUAAAAUGAAGAUAUAGUAUGAUUCAAAAACCUGCAUUUCUUGUGAUUUUGUAGCUGUUAUGUGCUCUUGAACUUGAAAAUUAUCUUCUUGGAAAUGUUAGGCGUCUUUAUGAGGUUGAUUGGUUGAACUUUAAAAGUUUCUUGCUUUUACUUUUUCUUAAUGUUACUACAUUUUGAGUGAAUCCACGUUAUAGAAAAGAAGAGGAAAAUGAAGACCAUCUUAUUAUUUUUUUGUUAAGUGGACUUGUGGUGUUUCAGAAAUUUGGGUGUGGAUUAGGAUUUAGUCCUAAUGAUGAGGUGUUCAUGCUAUUGCGUGUGGUUUAUAAGUAGUCAUUAUUCUACUGGUUGAUGAGUUUGUUUUUGACACGAAAGGUUUACUUGUCUUUUGUGCUGAAUUGAUGGUGUUAUUCACUGAAAUUUGGCAGGUUUAUAAAUGACAAAGGUACAAACUUUUGUGGGUUUUGAGUAGGUUUUUGUGAAGAGUAGUUGUUUAUUGGCCGUCUGGCACAUCAGUAGAGAUGUUUUGUUUCUUAAUAUCUUCUACUAUCACUGUCAGAGCUGAUAUGCUUGUUAUUUUAUAUAAAUAUGUCUGAAAUAAUUGUCCGCAUGAUUAGUUGUGGAAGGCAUCAGAUCAGAAUUUGCCCCUUGGUAUUUAGGAAAAACCAAGAAGUGGUAGAACAGAGGUUAAUCGUUUAUGGUAUUUAUAAUCUGAAGGAACAUAUUUAAGGAUUAAUUCUUCCUAGGUUGUUAAGCAUUUUUGCAACUUCUUCUAAGUUGACUGCUGGAUUUUCAGUUAGCAGGUUCUUGGAUUCUAUGCAUAAGGUUAACAUUUGGAUCUUGGAUCAACCUACAAUUGAUUAUUGGUUCCUUCUGCUCAUACCACGUCCGGGUGAACUCAUGAAUUUGAGAUAAGGAUGAAUUUUCCCCUCAGAAGAGCUCUUCUCGCUCACUACAAUAUGGACUUAAUAAUAUGCUUUGAGAAUAUUGGAAUUAUAUCCCUUCCGAUUACAAUCCUUGAAUAGGGGUCAUGAGAACAGCUUCAUAGCAGAACUCUACUUGCUGAUGAAAUUCAUUGGAGAAACAACUGGACUGUGAAAUACCUCUUUAAGCUUAUAUCUUUUGGUUCAUGAAGCUUUUGAAGUACAAGAUAUAGUAAUCACAGGGUUAGAGUUUGCUGUCCGAUCAUUUACAAUGUCUAUGUUAACAAAGUUACGCUGCAUCACGCUUGAUGUUACUGGUACACUCAUUGCUUACAAAGGAGAGCUGGGUGACUAUUAUUGCAUGGCAGCCAAAGCUGCUGGGAAGCAAUGUCCUGACUAUAAGCGGGUUCAUGAAGGUUUUAAGCUCGCAUAUACAGAAAUGGCACUGAAGCACCCAUGUUUUGGAUUUGCUGAAAAGAUUCCUAACAUUGUGUGGUGGAAAACUUGUGUCAGGGAUUCCUUUGUUAGGGCAGGAUAUGAAUAUGAUGAGGAGACAUUUGAGAAGAUAUUUAGACGCAUAUAUGCUACUUUUGGUUCUUCUGCGCCUUAUAGCUUAUUUCCUGAUUCUAAACCGUUUCUCAGAUGGCUCCGCGAGAGGGGCAUUACGGUUGGGCUGGUCAGCAAUGCCGAGUAUCGGUAUCAGGACGUAAUUCUUCCUGCUUUAGGUUUGCAUCAGGGAUCUGAGUGGGACUUUGGCGUAUUCUCCGGUCUUGAAGGUGUUGAAAAACCCGAUCCAAGGUUAUUUGAGAUUGCAUUGAAGAGAGCAGGAAAUGUAGCACCGGAGGAAGUACUUCAUAUUGGAGAUAGCAUGAGGAAAGACUACUUGCCAGCGCGAAGUGUUGGGAUGCAUGCUUUGUUAUUGGACAGAUUUAAGACUGCUGAUGCUGUCAAUUGGAGAAAAUCUGGUGCCACUGUGCUGCCUGACUUGACCGCCACCAAAGACUGGCUUAUUUCUGAGGAAUUGAAAUGCAGUGACAUGUAAACUUUGUUUGAUUACUUUCUUGCCUUUAAAGGUGAUUUGUAUUACAAGAAUGGGAAAAUGAGUUAUGAGUUCUAUGAAUAUGAUGAGGAUGGAUUUGGUUCAAUUUGCCA